ACUUCUGAAGACUGUUGGAGCUACCAGAUCCCAAACGUCGGUAGAAGCUACCACCAGGCUCGGUGUAGACAUCAUGGGUAACUGCGUUCACGGACUGGCAAAUGGAAACAUCAGCCCUAAUGAAAAAAAGACAAACUUCGGUUUUAAUCUUUUGGGAAUGGCUCAUCUCCAACCUGGAUGUCCAUCUCGACCUCCUUUCCCUCGGAACAGACAAAGUUGUACUCAAAACCAAACCAGACCAGCGGCAGGAGGAAGGCAACACCACCCUCUUUGACUACUCAGCCCACCUGGACUACUGGCAGCUGAUUGACAACUUCACCCUGAACCAAACGGAGGACUACGACUGGUACCAAAACUUCGCCGAGCCGUGCCAGUUCACCUUUUGUUCCACCUUCGUCCGCGGGAUUCCAGUUUUCCUAGGGAUCAGCUGCACCCUGGGAAUUGUGAGCAACGUGAUCCUUGGCGUUGCCUUGGCCAAAUGCCCUCGGUUCUGGGACCAGCGCCAGCCAGGCAAGGCGGACCUUGCUCUGCACGCCAUCGCGGGGCUGCUUUUCGCUUCCACCUUGCCGUUUUUCGCCCUGGGCAUCGGCUGGAACUGGGCCUUUGAAGACCGCCUCUGCCAAGCGAUGCACGGAAUCCAAUUUGGCAGCCUCUUUGCUCAGGCCUUGCUGGCAGCGGGCACUGCCUGCCCGAGCCCCCGGGGUCUCCCCAGGCCGCUUCUGGCCACCCUGCUGUGGACCAUGGGCUUCCUCUGCGCCGUUCCAGCUGCGCUGGUGAGCAGCGCCAAUGGACUCUGCAUACCAAACCGUCUCGCCACGCUUCACGCCUGGUCCCUGGUCCAUGCGACCUUCUGCUUGGUGCUUCUGCUCCUUCUCCCGCUCAUCGUGGUCUCCGCCACCGUGGGUCUCAAGGGGUGUGGAGAGAGGGGGCACCCCCGUUUGAACAUCAGCUGGUUUUUUUAUCUUUUCUGGGGUCCCUACGGCGUGGCCGUGUUCCUGGACAUGCUUCAGGAGGAAACUUCGUUUUCCCAAAGUUGCAGAUUUCUGGAACAUCUCAAUCUCUUUCUGGGCCUGUCGGAAGGAUGGGGAAUGCUCCACUGUUACCUGUGCCCCGUCUUAAUUCUGGGGGUGGGCUUUUGUCGUCGAAAGACGGCCUAAACGGGGAAGACCACCCCUCAAAGUCCCUACAGGUAGCCCUCGGCUUACGGCAACGAAGACCAGAAUUUCUCCCGCUAAGCAAGGCGGUUUGUUGAAAUGAGACGUGCCCAAUGUUGCAACCUUUUUGCUAAGGGGGUUAAACGAACCACGACUGUUGUUAAGUGACUCACACGGUCAUUAAGCGUGUCCCCACUGACUUUGCUUGUCCGAUGUCAGCUGGGGAAAGUCGUGUGAUCACUUGACCCCGGGAUGCUGCAGCCGUCGUAAAUAUAUCCUGGUUUGCCAGGCAUCUGAACUUUGUUUCAGGCGACCGUGGGGAUGCUGCCCAAUGAUCAUAAAGGCAAGUCACUUUUUCCAGCGCCGUCGUAACUUCAGACCAUCACUAAAUGAAUAGAUGUAAGUUGAGGACUAUCUGGAUCCUGAGCAAUCUGUCCAGCAGUCUCCUUUGCCUCUUGGGAUGAAGCCACCGAGGCCGCCUCUGAUGCACUGACAUCUGAGCUUCCGCUAUGCAACAGACCACCUUCUGUCUUCCACCAGGGUGUUUUUUAGCAUCGCAAAUAAAAUAUUUUUAAAAUGUA